AGCGCAUACCUAGUACAUACUACAUGUUCCAAGUUGACAAAACUGCAUCUUUAUUAAAAUCAUUCCCAUAAUUUUAGCACUAUGUACUCCUGAUAUAAUUGAUUGUAUUAAAAUUAGUCUAUCAACACAACAACUCCUUGAACAAUAAAGGUUUUCAGUAAUUACUGAUCUAAUUCAUUAUUAAAAAAAAAGAAAAGAAAGGAUAUGUAUCAUUCUAUGCUGUCUCCAAAACGACAAAAAAAAAAAGACUAAGUAUACGAUAGGGAGUGACUCUAAAUCAGUUUUGUCACUGCUGUCAUAAACACGUUUCGUGUCAACCAAGAACAAUUGUAAAAUAAAAUCUUUUUUUUUUUCUCUUUUUUUCCUUUCCCUAUAAAAAAUGGCACCAGCUACCGUAAUUUUGGACAAUGGUGCUUACAACAUGAAGGUGGGAGUUGCAUCCUACGAUACAGCACCGAGACUGGUACCUAAUGCCAUUGUACGCGGUAAAACCGACAAACGCAAUUACGUUGGUGAUGAGCUGGAUCAAUGCACCGAUUUCUCUUCUUUAUAUUAUCGAUUACCGUUCGAAAAAGGACUUUUGGUGAAUUGGGGCAUUGAACGUACGAUUUGGGACCGGGUGUAUAAGAAUGUAGCGCAAAUUGAGCCCAAAGAAAGUCAGUUGAUAGUGACCGAACCUUGUUUUAACUUGGGGGCGAUCCAAGACAGUUACGAUCAAGUGAUAUUUGAGGAGUAUGAGUUUGGAGCGUGUUAUAGGACGAUUACAGCCGAGCUGUGCUUGUUUAAUGAAGUGGGGGGAUUAUUUGGAGAUAAAAUAGGGUCGAUUCCGGAUUGCACACUUGUGGUGGACUCGGGAUACUCUUUUACACACAUUAUUCCGUUCUUGAAGGGAAAAGCGGUGUCAAAGGGAAUCAGGCGAUUAAAUGUGGGUGGAAAGUUACUGACGAACCAGCUGAAAGAGGUGGUAUCGUUCAGAUCGUACGAUAUGAUGGAAGAGACCUAUAUUAUCAAUGAUGUGAAAGAAAAAUGCUGCUUCGUAUCACAAAAUGUGUAUAAGGAUUUGGAUAUUUGCAAAAAACAACAAAAUUCGAUUGUCCAAGAAUACGUGUUACCUGAUUUCACUAAUAAUACGACAGGACAUAUUCGGCCCGCUGGAACAAAAGAUGUUGGUUGUUCAGAGCAGAUUUUGAUGAUGAACAAUGAAAGAUUCAUGAUACCUGAAGUGCUUAUGCAUCCGUCUGAUAUCGGUUUGGAUCAAGCGGGUAUUCCAGAAGCCAUCACCCAGAGUGUAUUGGCAUGUGAUCCUUUGAUACAUGGUUUAUUGUAUGCAAAUAUUAUGCUUGUGGGCGGUAACGCUAAUAUACCUGGAUAUCAGGAACGCAUUGAGCAUGAAUUACGAAAAUUUGUUCCAAGUGAAUUCGAUAUCCGUGUGGUUACACCACAAGAUCCUGUGACAUUUGCAUGGGAAGGGGGAAAUAGAUUUGUUUCUCUAAGUUCUAAAAGUGAGCUCCAGAAAACGUUUGUACAGCGAAAAGAAUAUCUGGAAUACGGCAGUGAUAUUUGCAGGCGGAAGUUCGGUACUUUGUAAUUCACUAUUACAAAUUUUUCUUUUUUUUUUUUUUUUUUUUUAUCUGAUAAAAUUAUGCAAGCAUUAAUCAUCUCACAUAUUACUU